AUGCCCAGGCUCCCGUCAAAGGUGCACCUCACCUCACACCCCAUCUACCUGGAUAUCCGUGGGACCUCGCUGUAUGAGGAUGACAACCAUCGCACAUGGCUCCAUCUCAUCAUGGAGACAGAAGGUGUCCAGCAAAUACGGUUGUGCCAGAUGAACAUCCCCAGUGGUCAUAACACAUUCACCACCAGCCCGCUGACAUCGAUCAUCAUGCCUUUGAUGUGGACGCUCCAACCUGAUAGCCAGUACCUGGACUCCAUGGGCCGGUUCUGGCGCAUUGUGCACCACAUCAAGGAGGAUGACAUGGAGGAAAUGAUCCUUGAACUGAUGGACGACUCGUAG